AAAAUCCAGAGUUAAUUUUCCGAUCGAAAUGUACAAAUCAAUAUGAGGUUGAGAAAACACAGAAGAAGGCCACCCGUCCCCUUCCCUGGCCACAACUCCCUCCAAUUUCACCAUCGCCCAGAUUUCUUCUCCGCUAAUUAGACUAACACAAAACAUUCCUCAUCUCCCCAUUUCCCCCGAAAAAUAUCUUCUAACUGCUCCCUACCCAAUUCUCCCCAUGGCAACGACUACUUCUUCUUUGCUCCAAUCCAAUCCCUUGAAAUUAAAGCACUACUUCCCCCUUCAUUUACCUCCUCCUUCCCCACCUCGCUUACCUAAAUUUAGUGGGAGCUUGACUUGUCAAACCCAAGGUUCCACUAAAUGUAAUGUUAGAUGCUUCCUCUUACCCGAGAAGAGGAAGAGCUCGAAGUUGGAUUCCAACCAUUGGAGUUCGAGCGCGGAUGGUAAACAUCUAUUCGAGAUUAUUGCUGAGACGAUUUCGAAAGCUUUGAACGCGUUGAAAAAGCCAGCUAUCGCCGCGGUUUUGUUGGGGUUGUUGUUAAUGUAUGAUCCCAAUAACGCAGCAUUGGCUGCAUCAGGUGGGAGGAUGGGAGGAAGGUCUUUUUCUUCGGGUUCUUCGUCUUCGAGGAGUUAUUCGGUGCCUAGAAAUGGAGGGUCGAGAUUUUCUUCGUACUCGGUUCCUUAUUAUGCGCCUGCUCCAUUCGGUGGUGGUGGUGGUUUUUAUAUGGGGCCUGCUGUUGGGGUAGGAGUUGGUGCCGGGUCGAGUUUUUUCUUGAUUUUGAUUGGGUUUGCUGCGUUUGUUUUGGUUUCUGGGUUUCUCUCGGAUAGGUCUGAGAGUAGUGUGCUUACUGCUAGUGAAAGGACUAGCGUUCUUAAGCUUCAGGUCGGGUUGUUGGGCAUGGGACGGUCUCUUCAGAAGGAUUUGAAUCGGAUCGCUGAAGUUGCUGAUACUUCGACCUCUGAGGGUCUAAGCUUUGUAUUGACUGAGACAACACUAGCUUUGCUUCGCCAUCCUGAUUAUUGCAUCUCUGGUUAUUCAUCCGUGGAUGUGAAACGAAGUAUAGAUGAUGGGGAGAAACGCUUCAAUCAACUCUCUAUUGAAGAACGGGGUAAAUUUGAUGAAGAGACUCUUGUGAAUGUGAACAAUAUAAAAAGGCAAAGCACAACAAGUCGGAAAGCUAGUGGAUUUAGCAAUGAGUACAUAGUGAUAACAAUUCUGGUGGCUGCUGAAGGAGUGCAUAAAUUGCCCCCAGUAAAUGGAAGUAGAGACUUAAAGGAAGCCUUGCAAAAGCUUGCCUCCAUCCCAACAAGCAAAAUACUUGCAGUUGAGGUCUUGUGGACCCCUCAGAAUGAAAAUGACACACUAUCGGAGCGGGAACUACUUGAAGACUACCCGCUCUUGAGGCCUCUAUAAAAUUUUAUAGCUAGGUACCUUGUAUUCUCUCAUGAGAGGUAUUAAUUGGAACUGCUUCUUAGAUCCUUGGGUACAUUGUAUAUGAUAAAAGUUUACUGGUAUACAAAGGUCAAGAUUGACUAGAUGUGGUCUACCGAACUGGAUUUGUAAACAUAUAAACAGAGAGGGUGUAUAUUUUCUUGAAAGUAUUUGUUUUUUUUUUGGGGGUUAAAUUGUCUUGUUUUUCCUUUUUCUUUUUCUGAUCCAACUCGAAGACUUUUGACCACUAGCAAUAAUCUGUUACCUCAGAGCUCUGCUUUUGCGUUUUGUUUACCCUUCAGGCUAUAUAACAGUCCUAGCACCUGUUCGCACCUUCUGCCUUUGACUGCAUUGUUUUCCAUAAAGUCUCUUAUUAACUGGUCUUUGCAACGAAAUUUACCCCAGAAUUGCUAUCAGGGUAAGUAAUUUUCAUGAAGAAUAUAUCCUAGAAGGUGGUUAUCUAUCAUUUUCAUAUGGUUUUGUGAUCGUAAAAGAUGGUCAUGAAAUGAUCACAGCCUCUGUUUUAUUCAAUCUAGGGGAUGCACAGAGCAUUUUGGGGGCUUUUUAACGACUCCAACUGGUAAGUAGUAACUAAUUAAGGAUCGAGGUACCAGAUAUUUUCAAAGUCCUGCGAGGAAGGGGGCUUUUCUUCUUUGCCUGUUUGCUGAUGGUGUGGUUAGGAGCAUAUGUCUUGUUGCGAAAAUGAGUAUAUGACAGUGACUAGAAGUUGACUCAGCUUUAAAAGUAUUGUCGUUAUCUCUAAUAGUGGACUUUGUGCCUAACAUUCACUACUCUUUCAGAUUUUGCAACUUUAUUAUGAUAAGGCCAAGUGCAUUUGUUAUCUUUAUUUUUUCCUUAAAUCUUGUGGUGGGAAGUUGAUAGAAUUGUACAAGUUUCUGGUUGUAAGUUCCUUUUAUUU